GCAACGCAGAUCCCGCCCAGGCGCUUUCACUUUCGCCCCAGUCCCGGGCCGGCCCGUGUCGCCAUGAAACGCUGCCGGGGCGCCCGGCUCCUAGCGGGGCCGCGCUGCUGCCAGAUCCAGAAGUAAAAUGAGUACUUCACAAUAAAUAAGAUGUACUUCUAAAUCAUGAUGGCAGUACUGAUUGGACCACUGCGUUUUUGUCAACUUGUGUACCUCAGCACUUUGACCACUACUUUGUUCAGCUUGCCAGAAGCAUCUGUGAUAAAUCCACCUCAGAAGUUAACAAUGAACUCUCAGAAUUUCCAGCACAAUUUAUCAUGGGAACCAGGAAGUAAUACAACUAUGCCAACAUACUAUGAUGUGAUGUACAUAGGUCUCAGUGGAUCAGAAAACAAAUGGAAAAUUGCUAAAGAAUGUUCAAAUACCACACGCCUCUCCUGUAACUUGACAAAGGAGUAUGAAGAAUGUACUUAUACCUACAUAGCAAUGGUUCAGAGCAUCACAGGACAUAGAGUAUUAAAUUCAUCUAUACUUGAAUUCUCUCCAUAUAGGUCCACAAACUUGGGUCCACCAGCAGUUAAUCUUACUGCUUGUCCAACCUGCAUAAAUGUGACAGUAAAACUUCCGGCCACGUAUUUAAAAGGAAGUUCUUUAAUUGAUAUAUAUCAAAAACUUGAUUAUACGAUAACAGUGGAAUCAUUUGAUAGAAAGGAAAAGAUUCCUAUUAAGAAUGAAACCUCUGAAGAAAGCUUUAGCUGUGUUGUUGGAAGCUUGCAUUCAAAUACAAAUUAUUGUGUGUCUGUUGCUGUGGCUGCAUCAUUAAACCAUCAUUCCAUCCCUUCGGCCUUGCAAUGUAUAAUCACCAGGUCCAACACUCAACCAGGUUAUAGUAUAAUUCCAAUCAUAAAUGGUGGACUUGUUUCAUUGGUAAUAGGCAUCUUCCUACUAGGAUUGUAUAAAGGAGGUUUCAUUUGCUUAAAAAGUAAUCCGUGGCCAAAAGCUUUGGAAACCACAAAUAAAUUACAUUGCUCAGUGCAUGAACCUGAUCCUGAAAAUGUGUGCUCUGUACAAAUCAUAUAUAAGGAGAUGGAAAAAAAGGAGUGGGGAUACAGUUCUGAUGAUGAUAGCGUAAGUGAUGGUGAAAAUUCUGGUGACUAUACCAGACGUGUCAUCUUGGGCAGAGACCCAAGUUCCCAUGCCAAAUCAAACACCUUCGUGCACCAGACUAUAGACUGUACAUCUGCAGAGAGUAGCAGUCAAGCAACUGAACUUCUGAGUUCUGACGCAGAAAAUUCUGAAGAGCAUCAAUCUGUCAUUAGAGAAAAUGAAAGCAUAAGUAGAGUGUUCUUUCAUCCUUCAUCUGAAGUAAACAGUUCCUCAACUUCUGAGUUAAGUAACAGUGCUUGCUUUAACAUAAACUUAAAUACUGUGAUGCUGGGAGACCCUGACAAGACCUGGGAUGAUUCUGCAACAUUAAUCUCCCACCAAAAGGAUGCAGUUGACUUGCAAGAUUCUAGUGCUUCUGAUGCACUUGAAUCAAAAAAUUUUACUAACACAGUAGAUGUUAAGAAGCCAGAUUGUCAUAACAUCUCACAUGAAUGGCAAAAACCUAGUGUCUCGGAUGAAAGUGAUGCAUCAGAUUCUGAAUAUAUAAGGAGAUGAAUUGGUGAAAGCAAGAACCACUUUAUAAAACAUGAAUAAACAAUUGAUCAUGUUUCAGAGUAUCUCUUUCUGGUUUGAACAUACAAUUCAGCCUCUGAUGAACUCUGCAUUUUUUAUAUUCUAAAUAUGUGCCUGUACAUUAUAAAAGCAUGCAGGACUCGUGUAUUAAUGAACAGUGUUUUGGUAGCUUAGGGCUUCUCUACACAAGGGGUUUAGUCCAGUCUAGCUCGAGUUAGUGCAGAUUGAAAAUACCUAUGUACACAUGAGGGAAAUCGUAACUCUUAUCUUGGUGCAGAUUCUGGAGUCCUCCUUCGAAGUGUACUAAGUUCAGUGAAAAUUGAGUUAGUACAGACUAUCGCUCAUGUCUACACAAUGGUGCUACCUGGUACUUUAGCACGCCUCCAGCAUCUGUCCCACACUGCUUUGUGGGGUCAAAUGAUAAGCAUGUGGACCCCAUCAGUUGCCCCAAUACAAUUCAGGAAACCCUUGCAUGCAUAGCCAUCAAUAAUCUCCUGAGCAUUACCAAGAUUUAUAACCUGGUGCAACAGUACCUUCUGCAUGCCAGCACACACCUGCGUGACAGUGCCUCCAACAGGUGAUUGCGCCACAUCAAAUUGAUUGGCUAUGGACCAGUAACAGUUGGGGUGGCCAGCUUCCAGAUGGUGCUGGAAACCCAUUUCUCAGUGGAUUAUGGGACUUUACAUGUUGGUAUGGUGCCACUGCAGCUAAUUCAGCACAGAUCUCGGAAAAGAUUGCCUUCUCUCUCCUGAAAUUCUGUUGCCACUGCUGGUCAUCCCAGAUCUUCAGAACAAUCCUAUCCCACCAAUCAGUGCUGGUUUCCUGAGCCCAGAAAUGGCACAGCACCAAGAGAAGCUGCUCCAGGAAGAGUACAGUAGCAGUUGCUCGAUAUCCUCGUUCCUCUGCUACUGCUGCUGGGUAGCCACAGAAGCUUCUUGUUGAUUGGAGGCCAAAGCCACCGAGCACUCUGAGCUCAAAUAAAGUCCAGACAGCCUCUGCGUAUACUCAUAGUGGCCAGAAUCGUGGUGUGGAUCAUUGUUGCCUCCAUGCUGGCCAACAGCAGUUAAAAAAUGGUGCUAGCCUUCCCAGAUAGAGAGGAAUCAAAUCAGGGUAGACGGAGCAAAAUCAUGGAAUUCUGAAUUUUACCUCAGGUCCCAGAAUUCCACUGGUUUCUGCAAUGCAUUUCACAGUGUGCAGCGAGAGAAAUCCCAGAAUGCACACAGCUCAACAGCAAAGCAAAGGACCAUCAGAUACUCACCCAAAAUGCCAUACGCUUAGUACACACAAAGCCUCCCAGCAUGUGUAUGAAAUGAUGCAAAUUGAAAGAAGACACAGCUGUCCCAUAUGCAUGCUGUUAGAGCAAGUUAUGUUUUGGGCACCAAGUGGUAUGCAUCAGCUGAGAACAAACUAACCCCGUUGUGCAGACAAGCUUUUAAUGUACAAUACGAGCUGUAUCAGUGGGGUAGCCGUGUUAGUCUGGUUCUGUAGAAGCAGCAAAGAAUCCUGUGGCACCUUAUAGACUAACAGACGUUUUGCAGCAUGAGCUUUCGUGGGUGAAUACCCACUUCUUCGGAUGCUGUAUUUCACACACAUAAAAGUGAAGUACAGAUCUGAAGGUAAAUAUAUCUAGCAAUAGUAUAUGCCAGUUAUUAAACUUUGUGAAUUCUUACACGUUGUGGUCCACAGAGAAGUCCACUUUAAAUGUUAAUAAGUAGUAAACCUUUACCAAAAAUUCACCAUGAGAAACAGAAAUAAUGAUGUUACCAUAUGGGUGGUCUCACCACAAAGUAAUCUCCACGAGCGGUCUCUGGAAGGCCUGCUCUAUAUGGGGGGUUACUUUGCAAUAUGUUUUAACUACUGCAAACAAUAGAGUAAUGCUGCAUUCCUGUAAAUGAAUUAAUCCUACACAGAAGCUGAUUAUUCAGAGAAAGCUGAUCAAGUGAAAACCAUGGGAAAAGAAUGAAAAUUGACAUUGUUCAUGAACCUUAUCUCCUAUAUUGAUAAGGUUUAAACAGAUUCAGCAUUUACUUCAAUCUAUAGUGAAACAGAGACCAACCAGCUAGUAGAUGGUCACAGCACAUUUAGUGGGUUCAGAUCCAGAAAGUGCACUCUCUUUUAAAAGUAUGAAGUAUAAAAUAAGGCAUUAUUAUUUUUCCACAAAGCAUAUUUCAUUGCAAAACACUGAAGGUGAAAUGUUGGUCCUAUUUAAGGUCUGGUCUACACUACAGAGUUAUGUUGACACAAGGCAGCUUACAUCAACACCUAGCUAUGGAAGUGUCUAGACUUACAUUUCUCUCCCACCGACAUAAUUGCGCUGCUAUGCCGACUUAAUAACUCCACCUCCACGAGUGGCAUAGAGUCAAGAUUGAUGUAGUUAGGUUAACAAAGAAUCACUGUAGACUCUGCAUUGCUUAUGCUGACUAUUACUGGCAUUCAGGAGCCAUUUUAAAAUGCCCCACACUUACAGUACAAUUGAUACAAGUGUUCCUGGUGAGGAUGCGCACUACGACCCAAGGAACAAAGUGUGGACAUGCACAAGCAGUGUAAUUAUUGUGACAGCUGUAUGCCGACAUAAGUCAAUGGGACUUUUGUCAUAUGUUUCAUUGGAGCCAGGAUUUCACUUCAUGAUUAAAGCAGUUUAAAAUAGUAUAAGGUAUUAAGAAAUACUACCGAACAUAUUUAGACUUGUACCAUAGAUACAAAAUCUCUAUCAGAAGUUUAAGUGUGAACUUCUAAUGCAAUGUAUGAUGCUGCAUGGAAAUAUUCCUUUUUGUAAUGACAUAACCAAAAACUGUAUGGCCAGAAAGUAUGUAAUGAAACCAGGAAACGCGCAAUAUUUUAUGAGCACAGUUCAAGCUGCUAAAUUAAUGCAACUGGUUAUUCCUAACUGAUACUGGAAGUGGAUGUCUUUGUGGGUUUUUUUAAUUUUAAUUACCUUAUUACUUUUUAUAUAUAUAUUUUUUUUACAUUUUUGUAAAAUUAUCAACUACUACAUUAUAUUUUUGAGGUGUUGUGAAUGUCUUUUUAAAAUAAAGUUUUUGAAAAUGUGUAA